UCGGGAGCCGUGUGCUGGGGUGGAGAGUGGCGCGUGGAGCUCGCGCGUCAGCCUCCGCGGCGCGAGCUCGCAGUUCGCAGUACCCGCUCCACUCCGCGCCGAGUAGCCGCCGCGAGUGCAGGCCCGCGACCCUCGCGACUACCUCGCCACUCACUCGAACCGAAUUCACCGCGCACGAUUACACGGAAACUAUCACUUUCGCUCCAGAUGACAAUCAAGUUUCAACUAUGAUAACAGUGUGAAUUUAUUAGUGUGCACCGUCCGGCUCUACCACCACGGCAGCAUCGCAAGGUAGAUAUAAAAAUGCCCCAGUGGGCGAGUGCGGAAGGCGGCGGCUCCGAGGCUGAGUCCCCCGACCAGAUGAUGUGCUACUACGAAGACGAGACCUCAGAGUAUUAUGAUAACAAACCUGAUAUUGCUGAUAAGAUUGAACAGGCUGGAGAUUUCUACGACAGCGGCAGUGGGAGUGAUGAGCAGGUCGCUCGGCGCGUGUGUCGGCCGCGGCGGGCGGCUGCGGGCUCGUCGUCGUCGGCGGCCAGCAGCAGUGGCCCCGCGGGCCCCGGCCGCCGGCGACGCUGCGGCAUCUCGGCUCGCGAGCGCAACCUGCGCCGCCUCGAGAGCAACGAACGAGAACGAAUGAGGAUGCACUCACUAAACAGAGCCUUUGAGGAUCUUCGGCGAGUCAUACCCCACGUGAAGAAGGACAACAGGAGUUUAUCAAAAAUAGAAACACUCACCUUAGCCAAAAAUUAUGUAAAGGCCUUAACGAAUGCAAUUUGCACAAUGAGGGGAGAAGGUCCACGAUACCAAUUCAACAGCGACGAUGAAAACGUAGAGCCUGUAUUCGUGUUAAAUCGAGACCAGGAACAAAAUAACAAUGUGCCAAGUGACCAGGAUCGAGAGGACAGCCCCGGCUCCCGAAGUUGCCUCUGACAAAGACGCACCAGUCCCCGCCUCGCUCUCCUCGUGUCCACCGCCAGCUCGCCAACUGUAUUGACAUGAACAAACACAGGAAUUACAUUCAAGCACACAGACCGCGGAUUGACAGUCUGUGUGCCCUCUAAUACCUAUACCUAUCUAAUUGAUGUUUCACUAUAAGAACUACUAUUUUACCGAGUUAUUUUUUAUGUCCAAGCAUGUUUAUUAUCUUACACAUAUAAUCGCUAAAAGUAAGAGAAGCUAACGACCCUCGUAGCCCUCGAUCCAUGUAAUGAUAUGGUUUUCUGCAUAGGUGUGAAGGAUUUGCGCAUAGGGGACUCAAUUUAACAUUGAAGAAGAUAUAAAAAGAGCGAGUAAAGCGAUUAACUGAUGUGUUACCGCCAGAGAAAAAUAUUUAAAUAAUGUUGAAUCAUUUUAAAAGAAGUAUUAUACGAGAUAAAGCCACUAUAAAAAUAUAGGUAGCAAUGAUAUGCUUCGAUACCUGUUAGAGCACACCCAAAGACCAAUGGUACGAAUUACUUGCUAGAUGUUAAUAUUGUAAUCGUUAUUUAAGCAUGUUAUUAAAAUGUCAUUAAAAAAUAUAUAAAAAAAAAACAAGAUUGGCAGCUGUCGUGAUAAGACGGAUUUCUAAGCUGCUCAUGUCUGUAUCAUACAUUCCUAUGAUAUGCAUGAAUAGUUAUUAUUUAUUUUGAACGAAGAACUGAACUUCGUGCAACAAAAUUGUUAUUUUUGAUACAUCUAGGUGAAAGCAAAAUAAUUAGACAAGAGACAAAAGUACUUAAUUGGCUGGUAACCACCUAGAUAUGUAAAUAAAAUAAGCUCUACUCUAAAUAAUCAUUUGAAGAGCAAAGAUCAAGAGAAACUGAAUAAUUGCCUACUUUAAAUGUUUCGAUCUCAAAGUUAUUACAUUAACAGAAAAAGUAAAUGUCUUGGUAACAAUUCAGAGUCUGUUUUAAAUAGUAUUUCCCUCUCAUGGUGCCAAAAUGACCGUUUUUAUGCCAAACUAAAAUAAAAUGCUUUUAUUUGAGACUGUCGGCAACAGCGGCUUAUUUUUGUAAAACUUGUGUAACCUACUUUUUUGUUAUGUUGCUGACUGUACUCAAUUUACGUAUGUCCACGUAGUUAACAAUGCAAUUACUAUUAUUAAUGAUUGUGUCUACAGGUAAACUGUCAAUUCAACUUGCUAAGGUUUUUGAUGAAUGUAGUACCUAUUGCCCGGUUUACACUUUGUUAAGUUAACACUGCAGGUGACUAGUGCAGGUGUUUAGUAAUCAAGGUGUGAACGGAAGCGUAAAGUGAUUAGUGUUAAGUGAUACGUGCGAUUAGUACUUAUUGAUUAGUGCGAGUGAAUAGAAUCAAGGUCUAUUUUUGUUGUUAAGUGACUACCCCCUCUCAACUUUUCUACUACCCUCUCUCGCAAUUUGCCUGUACUAAUCAGUGUGUAAAUAGGUACGUGUGUGUUAAGUGCGCAGUGUCAAGUUCAAAGCGAAAAUGAAGUGGACGGAACAACAUACUUUAAAAUUCGUACAAGAAUACAUAAAGUUUUAAUGCCUAUACAAUGUAAAGUGCGCAGAAUUUAAAAACAAACAGUUGAGAGAUGCGGCCCUAUUGAAACUGAGUGAAGCGAUGGGAAUUCCCGAUUUCAAAAUUGAGUUCAUUUUCUAUAUCAGAUACCACAACAGAUACAAUCUCCAAUUUGUCUCAAUAUUAGGCUCUGUUCAUCUUCCAUUUCUAGAGACACUAUGCACAACGGACAGUACCACUAUGAGCUUCUUCCUAAACACUGUGUAAACGGAGAUGGAAAAGACUACUUAACACUUGAGACUUAUCGCGUAAAGUUAACGCUUAACACUUAUCACUUCACACUUCGCAAAGUGUAAACUAUGUCGUAGUGAUGUGUGCAACCAUUUUCGUCUUACGUAUCUACAAUGUAUUUAGAGAAAAUGUCAUAGAACGCGAUCUAUACGUUUUGAAUAUAUUUUAUCCAAUGAAAUCUCAACUUAUAGUUACCUACCUACCUUUGAGUUUAUUUAAGUUUAGUUUUUAAUAUAAAUAGGUACAUAAUUGUUUAAGUACAUAUACCUACAUUGAGAAUGUUAGUAUUAUCAUGGAUGGACUACCAACAUUCUUAGUUAAGCAUUUUUACAGUCCUUGCGACUUUAACUAUGAUGUAUCAAGUAGUUAUAAUUAUAAAAUGUGCAAAUAUUUUUUUUUGUAUUUUAUGCAAACAACUUGUGAUUAAAUUAUAUGACAAUUAUAUCUGCGAGAACAUUAUAUA